UUUUUCAAAUUCAGUUGAGUUCGGUCACAAGAGCGACAAAGAUGUAAAAAAAUUAAAACACAAGCGUUUUUGUAUAUCUUUAAGUUGUAAUUAAAAUUGUUGUUUAAGUGUCAUGGAGUAUAAACAAUAGUGUGUUGGAAAAAUGUUUAAAUUAUAACAAUAAUGUGAUGUGUAGAACUGAGAUUAUUACAUAUUUCGUAAUGAAAACUUGAAUAAAAAAAAUUUAUUCCUAAAGAAGCAAAUUACAACAGUUUAACAUUCAUUCAUUUGUCGUAAACGUGAGAACAAUGUCGCGUCUAAAAUUUUAUUCCUGUGUUGAAACGAAGUCAGAUUUAGAAGACGAAGAAAACGACGUCGCCUUGGCGAUGUCACCUAACAGACAGAUAGCCAAGACUACAACAGCACGUGACAUCAGCGAUAGUCCCGAUGAACGUGAAACAUGGAGCGGCAAAGUCGACUUCCUAUUAUCCGUUAUAGGAUUCGCUGUGGAUUUAGCAAACGUCUGGCGAUUUCCUUAUCUUUGCUACAAAAAUGGCGGAGGCGCUUUUCUUGUACCUUAUUGUAUUAUGUUAUUAGUUGGUGGUAUACCACUCUUUUACAUGGAAUUAGCUUUAGGCCAACACAAUCGUAAAGGUGCCAUAACAUGUUGGGGGCGGCUGGUGCCGCUCUUUAAAGGAAUUGGAUAUGCUGUCGUUUUAAUAGCAUUCUAUGUUGAUUUUUAUUACAAUGUUAUCAUUGCGUGGUCACUGCGUUUCUUUUUUGCCUCAUUUACGAAUUCCUUACCCUGGACAUCAUGUACAAAUUUUUGGAAUACCGAUGAUUGUAAGCCGUUCGAACAGCAAACCAGUUCUCCCUCCCUGAUAGGUGCCAAUAUUAGCGAUAGUUUGUUAAAUUCAACAAUUACCUCCGAAUUCAAUACAUCACUGGCAAAUCUCACUUUGGCGCUAUCCACCACAACGCCAGCCAGCGAACGUUUUCAAUCAGCAGCGUCUGAAUAUUUCAACCGUUAUAUUUUAGAGUUAAACCAAAGUGAUGGUCUUCACAAUCUGGGUUCUAUUAAAUGGGACUUGGUUUUAUGUCUGCUGAUAGUCUAUCUGAUAUGUUACUUCUCGCUGUGGAAGGGUAUUGGUACCUCAGGCAAAGUUGUGUGGUUUACUGCCCUCUUCCCCUAUGUGGUAUUAUUAAUUCUGCUCAUACGUGGCAUAACCUUACCCGGUUCGGCCAUGGGCAUACAGUAUUAUUUAAAUCCAAAUUUCGAUGCCAUUUACAAGGCAGAAGUUUGGGUUGAUGCUGCCACGCAAGUGUUCUUCUCAUUGGGACCCGGAUUUGGGGUGCUAUUAGCCUAUGCUUCAUAUAAUAAAUAUCAUAAUAAUGUUUAUAAGGAUGCUUUACUAACUAGUUGUAUAAAUUCGGCAACAAGUUUUGCUGCUGGUUUUGUGAUAUUCUCUGUGCUGGGCUAUAUGGCACAUACCUCGGGUCAAAACAUUGAGGAUGUGGCCACCGAAGGUCCUGGCUUGGUAUUUGUGGUAUACCCAGCGGCCAUUGCCACCAUGCCGGGCAGUACCUUCUGGGCAUUGAUAUUCUUCAUGAUGUUGCUGACUUUAGGAUUGGAUAGUUCGUUUGGUGGUUCUGAGGCCAUUAUCACAGCCUUAAGUGAUGAAUUCCCAAAAAUUGGCCGCAAUCGUGAGAUAUUCGUUGCUGGUCUAUUUUCACUAUAUUUUGUGGUGGGUCUGGCCAGCUGCACCCAAGGAGGUUUUUACUUUUUCCAACUCUUGGAUCGUUAUGCCGCAGGCUAUUCGAUAUUGGUGGCGGUAUUCUUCGAAGCAAUAGCAGUCUCAUGGAUUUAUGGAACCGAUCGCUUUUGUGAGGAUAUUCGCGAUAUGAUAGGCUUUCGCCCUGGCUACUAUUGGCAAGUAUGUUGGCGUUUUGUGGCACCAAUAUUUUUGCUCUUUAUCACUGUUUAUGGACUGAUCGGUUAUGAACCGCUGUCAUAUGAGGAUUAUACCUAUCCACGAUGGGCCAAUGCCUUGGGUUGGUGCAUAGCAGGCUCAUCGGUUAUGAUGAUACCAGCGGUGGCCAUAUUCAAAAUUUGCACCACACCGGGUACAUUAAGGCAACGUUUGCGAAUACUCACCACACCAUGGCGGGAUCAGCAGUUAUCGGUUAAUGGAGUGACAGCCGAUGCCACACAAGUUCGCUUGACCGAUACCAAGGAGGCUUCAGAGGUUUGAAAUCAACCAUUUGCCAGAUUUCAAGUUUAUUAUGUAUAGUAUUUAAACAAGAAACAUGAGAUAUUCCAAUAUACCCAUAUAUACAGACACAUACACCAUUAUUUAUUAUUGUUAAAUAUGAGAUAACUUAAGAAGAGAAGUAAUAAAAAUUUUUAUGUAGAUAACCCUCAAAAUGCAAAACAAAAUAAUGCUCAGAACCAUCAACUCGAUAUGCAAAACUAUUUAGGGAAUUAGUCUAUAAAUUAUACAAAACAACAAAAACAAGAAAACUUAUAACAAAGACCAAUCUAAACUCUAAAAUAAUGAAUUUAAUUUUAUAUUUUUAAAGUUCACCUUUCUUUUGUAAAAUAAAUACAAAUGCAAAUUUCAUAUACAACGUACUUAGGUUUCUAUAUCUAAACGAAUAUAAAUAAUAAUUAAAAGAGAUAAACAUACUGAAAACUUAACAAAAGUUCAUAAAUAAUGUUCUUCUUAUAAAUCUAAAUCUAAAGCUACUGUUAAACAAUGACACCGAAAAAAAUAACCAUAAAAUGCUGUGUAGAUAAUAUUAGUGUGAAUUUAAGUAAACAUAUGAAAAAGAUCAUGCAAUCUAUGAAAUUGUGCAUCAUAUUUAGGAAAAUAAAAACAAUGAAAAAACACAAAUAUUGCUUUCUUAGGAAUUUAGCCAAUAAAAACAAGUAAAUUUCAUACUUAUCGUAUUACUAUUACUAGCAUGUAUAAAUAUAGAAACCAAACUGAACAUGCCAUUUGGAAAUUGAGAAACUUUUGUAUAUAUUAAAGAAAUCCAUAAGCAAAUAUGAGAAAAAGGUGUAGUUAAAAGCUUUAAAAUUAGUUAAGGACCAUAAGAACAAGACCGAAAAUAUAUACACAAAUUGAGCUUUUUUAUUUUGUUACAUAUGUUUCUUCCACUAAUUUUUGUAAAAUAAAGAAGAGAACAAAUUUUGAUAAUA